UUUUAUUUUAUAUUCCCCAUGUAAUGUUAAUCAGGAGCUAACAUGGCUGCCAUAGAAUGUUGAAGUGGCAUGUAAAUGCAUCGUAAUGCAGAAACCUCUUCAAACGGUACUGUUUUUGGUACGGUAGCUACUCCGUCAGCCACAGGCAGAAGGGCUGUACAGGGAAAGGGAGGGCUGACGGCGAGGCAAAGUGGGGAGAGAGGAGAGGAAGAACUUGGGGUCUGACCACCACAUCUUUUCAUGCGAACUCGGGGCCUGACCACCACAUCUUUUCAUGCGAAGAAACUGCACUGUCAAAAACGUUAGUAAUUAGUCCUGUUUUUGGUCAUCCGAAAACGACUCUGGCCCGGGCCCCAGUCCGCGGUCUUGAGUUAGAUAGCGGAGUGUGAUUGAAGCACGUCUAUCCGUGUCCCAGCACGUCUUUUCCACCAAGGAGGUAAUAAUGGGUGACAGCAGAGAUUCCCGCAGCCCAGACAGCUCCUCUGUGUCCUCCCCUCCCUCGGGCCAGCGCUCGCCACCCCUGACCCCCACAGCUGCUGCCAUGACUUCUCUGCCGCCCGUCACUUCGGCCGUCAACAGCCCCAUCAGCAGCAUGGGCUCGCCCUUCUCUGUCAUCAGCUCCUCCCUGGGGUCACCCUGCCUGCCCGGGACACCCUCGGUGGGCUACGGCCCCAUCAGCAGCCCCCAGAUCAACUCCACAGUGUCCAUGUCGGGGCUGCACGCGGUCAGCAGCUCGGAUGACGUGAAGCCUCCGUUCGGACUGGGAGGCCACAGCCCAGGGGGCCCCAUGCUCUCCCAAAAGCGCCUGUGUGCCAUCUGUGGUGACCGCUCCUCCGGUAAGCACUACGGAGUGCACAGCUGCGAGGGCUGCAAGGGUUUCUUCAAGCGCACGGUGCGCAAGGACCUGAGCUACACCUGCCGGGACAACAAGGACUGCCUGGUGGACAAGCGCCAGCGCAACCGCUGCCAGUACUGCCGCUACCAGAAGUGCCUGGCCUGUGGCAUGAAGAGGGAAGUGGUCCAAGAUGAACGACAGAGAUCCGUGCAGGAAGAGCGCCAGAGGAACAAGGAGCGGGAGAGCGAGGUGGAGUCGACCAGUGCCAUCAACGAGGAGAUGCCUGUGGAAAAGAUCCUAGAGGCAGAGAUGGCCGUGGAACAGAAGACCGACCUGCAUGCCGAUGGGAGCUCCGGGGACAGCUCGGUAAAUCCCAACGACCCGGUCACCAACAUCUGCCAGGCUGCAGACAAGCAGCUGUUUACCCUGGUGGAGUGGGCCAAGAGGGUCCCCCACUUCUCUGAGCUGGCCCUGGACGACCAGGUCAUCCUGCUACGUGCUGGUUGGAACGAGCUGCUGAUCGCUUCCUUUUCUCACCGCUCCAUCAGUGUGAAGGACGGCAUCCUAUUGGCCACCGGCCUACACGUGCACAGGAACAGCGCCCACAGUGCCGGCGUGGGAGCCAUCUUCGACAGGGAGAGUGCGCACAAUGCAGAGGUUGGAGCCAUAUUUGACAGAGUUCUCACGGAGCUGGUCAGUAAGAUGAGAGACAUGCAGAUGGACAAGACAGAGCUCGGCUGCCUCCGAGCCAUCAUCCUCUUCAACCCAGAUGCCAAGGGCCUGUCCAGCCCCAGUGAAGUGGAAUUGCUGAGGGAGAAGGUGUACGCAUCGCUGGAGUCCUAUUGUAAACAGAGAUACCCCGACCAGCAGGGCAGGUUCGCUAAGCUCCUCCUCCGGCUGCCAGCGCUGCGCUCCAUUGGCCUGAAGUGCCUGGAGCACCUGUUUUUCUUCAAGCUGAUUGGCGACACCCCUAUCGACACGUUCCUCAUGGAGAUGCUAGAGGCGCCCCACCAGCUGACCUAAGAACCAGGUUCUGCCCUGGUCCAUUUUGCACCAGGGGUUCUAGUUCUGGCACCCUGGUUCUAGGGCUUCACCAUGUCUGCUGGCUUUUAUGUCCCGCUCACACCAACCCCACCCAUAACCCCCCCAUAUGCUGUCAAACACACACAUAAUCAAAUACUUUUUCACAGUAGGGGUUAAGACGCAUUGAAAUAUCUCCUUUUUAACUGCAUAUACAAGUUUUAUCAUGAGUUAUCCUUCAGCUUUAAGUGUCAACGCAUCUGCGAAUCAAGGUAGACCUCUCAGCUUCUUGUGGGGUUCGUAGGUUAUUCAGAUACAUUGCUGUGCGCAUAGAUAUGACGAGUGGCUUACUCUGUCUUAGGCUUUACUCUUGGGUUUAACCCAAACACGUCAUGAUCAGGUGCGAAAUAUUUCAAUCAACUGUCACCCAACUUCUAUUGGUCGGGACACAGCCAAUAGAGGCAGACACGCCCCUCUGUGUUCACCAAUCCGAAUGGGAUUUGAAUACUAUUGAAUACUAUGCUUUAUUCAUGCUUAAAUGCUCUGAAUUCAUUCUGAAGUACUGUACUCUUAAAAUGAGACCUUUUUAAGGCAUUGAAAUCCAAGGAGGGGGCACUUUGGUUGGCCCUUAAAGCUCACACCAGGCUUUCAAAGAGAGAAACUGACUUGUAAGAUGUGUUCUUUAUUGCAUUUUGCUGUUUGUUCUCUUUAAGUCCAAACAAGAGCCAUUGGGCACAGGAAGUGCAACCUUGUUCAAGAGCACUGCGUUCAUUGGUGCUGUUGUAGAUGUUUCUUUUGUUUGACACCCUCUACUUUGCUAAUGGUCAUUUUUGCACUCUGUGAAACAUUACUGUGUAAGUAAACAUUUGUUGCAGAAAAUCUUGCCCGUCUUUAAGAAACUGGGGCAACCACAAAGAAUCUCUCCAGCUCUCAUCAUAUGUCUUCUGAAGAGCCACGGUGUUAAUGGCCGUGCUUCAUUCUGUGAAAUGGCCAUCCGGUCUAAGAAAGCCUUGAUAUCAUUCGAUAUCUUGUUCCAGUGGUCUACUGUACCCCUACAAUUCUCCUUCUGAAUCCUCCGUUUGUGUCAUUCAAGUGCUUGCAGCCUCUUUCCGUUAACUUUUUAACAAUAUGUAAAUACGAUGACACAUCUACUCCUUCACUAGAGCACGACUGGGCAAUCCCAAUAUGUGCAUACAGUAGGGAAAACACAGGGGUUAGCAAGCAUGUUAGCACACAACAAAAAGUAUUCCCCGAUAGCAAUAUGAACAGAUAUUGUACACUUUCAAUAUGUACUGUAAAAAAAAAAUAUAUAUAUAUAUAUAUAUAUAUAAUCGUAAAGGGUGUUACCCAUAGACUGGAUCUUAAGCUUGAAAAACCCACCUCGUUGUGACUGACUAUUAGGUCUAGUUGUGCUAGUAGUUUCGUCACUCUUGACGCGAAUGUUAUUCUAUAGGGCUGCUGUGUCACGGGCAGGGCGAUAGACCCCACACCCUUAGCCUGCCCAGCCUGUGACAAUACUUCGUGUUUUAUUGUGGAGCUGAUUGGAAGGCUUCAGCCGAUGACCCUGCCAGCCAUCUACCGCGACUCUAUUGUGUGGUCUGCUUACACAAACCUAAACAAUAGGGGCCGAUUCAGCUCCCUCAUAACAGAACUAGCUGUCAACACAUUACAAACUUUGAACUGAAAUAUUAAAAGAGCAUCAUUACACACAACGUGAGCAAUAUUGGCAGAUGCAUAACGAUUGAGACCAUAUUGUGUGCAUAGAAGGAUUUAGAUGUGUGGGUCAUUUUAUGAAGUAUCUGGAGAUUGGUAUUAUUUACCAUUCAGAACAGAAAUUAGGAUGUAGAAUAGAGAAUGCUGUAUCGCUUACUGGACAGAAGUUCAACUGUCCUAAAGUUGGGUGCUACACGACUCAUGUGGUCUUACAAUUAUAGAUGUGCUUGUUUACACCAGUGGAGGCUGGUGGUAGGUGCUAUAGGAGGAUGGGCUCAUUGUAAUGGCUGGAAUGGAAUUUAUAUUUGAGUCAUUUUAGAAGACGCACUUAAACAGAUCGACUUAGAGGAGCAAUUAGGGUUAAGUGCCUUGCUCAAGGGCACAUCGACAGAUUUUUUCACCUAGUCUGCUCAGGGAUUAGAACCAGCGACCUUUCGGUUACUGUCUUAACCGCUAAGCUACCUGCCGCCCGUUCAAUAGAAUGCUGUCAAACACGUUGUUUCCUUGUGUUUGGUACCAUUCCAUUCCCUCCAUUACAAUGAGCCCGUCCUCCUAUAGCUCCUCCCACCAAUGCAAACACAGUACACAAACAAAACGCCAAGAGUGUGCAAGUACACACCCUCCACCUUUUUUCCCCUCUUGAAACCGAGGUCUACUUAUAAUAGGAUUCCCACUCGGCCGUACUCUUUUCAGCCGAUCUCCUACAUUGACUUGCAGUCAGGCCUUUCUGGCAGGAGAGGAACACCUCCCCCAUGUAAUGUGGAUAUGGAGGAUGAUACCUGUCUAACAGGGUGUCCUACUCCAAGCCUGUGAACAGGCCGUGGGGGCACUGUAGACCAUUUACAUGCCUGUCGGGUUUAUGUACGUCUAUACAUGUGAACAUGAAUCAGUCGCUGCAGAAUAAAAAUGAACGAGUAGAACUCGAGAUCAGUCUUAAGGAAUUUAGUCCCACAGGGUAGAGUAUGUGUAUCCCCAGUGUGAACCACAAUCUUGUCACGAUGUUGGCAACAACCCCUCGUGUAAUUCCCUUGUUUUUUGUUGUUGAAUGUGAACACAUUUCAAUCUCCCAUUUCUUAACAGUAGAAAAGCCUGACCUUGAGGGACCCCACUUCAAGCCAAAAUGAGUCUUUGACUCCAACAGUCUAAUAAAUUUAUUUCAUAUAUGAUAUUGGAAAAAUAAUAUUUUGCUUUUGUUUUUGAAGGUCUUAGAUAACAGAAUGCCAAAAAAAAGCAUUGUUUCGAAGAACAAAAUAGCAUUUUUAUUAGUUUGUUACUGUAGGCUAUUUUGUUUUCUCAUGCUCAAGUGUAGAGCUCGUGGAACAGAGGUAAUUAUUGGAAAAGUGAUAUUUAGAAAUCAGUCUUACCUGCAUGUGACUCUGUAGGAGGAUUUGAAAAAGUCACUUGUUCGCUCCGCAAAAAAAUAUAUCCUCUUUAAAACUGCUUAUAACACAAAAUGCUAACAUGCAUGUGUUAAAUAGACGUAUUUAGGAAAAGUCAGACUGAGGGAGGCAUGACUUUAAAAAUGGCAGAGAUAUUUCAAUUUCAUAUUUAGUCAAAAUGACUCACUUGCCUCUUCUAGUGCUGUAACAGUGCAUUUUAAAGCGAAUCCCUUGUUAUGUUGUGUCUUGUCCUAUAAAAUUCAGUUUAGCUGUGAGCAGAGAUACAGUAUAUGUAUAACAGCCCUAUAAGAAUUCUACAGGUUCUAUAAGCUAAGCAUUUUCAGGUUGUUCAGGCAGACAGUUUAUCAGAAUUGUUUUUGUUUCUUAAAAAAAAAAAACUGCCUGUACACUAUGUUUAUGUGCCUGUGUUGAUUAUGUCCACUGUGUACAAUGAGGUCUUGGUCUGGUUAUCCCAGCAAGCUCGGGUGUGCUGCAGCAUGGAGAGAGGUUUACAACAACACAGAAAGAUGCACAGAAGAGCAGGGCGCACAUUUGCAUACACGUUGCCCGGGCCCUUCUCUUCCCUUGCCAAUCGAGUGCAGUGUCCCUUUGGUAUUACUUGAUGGCAGUGCUGCGGCGGUCUUCGCACUUGGAGACAGACCGCCGGCGUGCAGCCCAAAGAUGCGUGUCCCUCGUGACCGCGUGCACUCAAGGCAGACGCCUGGACCUUUUGAUUUCGUUCAUUUAUAUUCAACUUACUAUUGAAAACACUUGCUUAAAAAAAACACAAAAACGCUUAAACUUUUGCAUCCUGUGAAGCUGUCAUGUGUUUGUAUCUAGCGGGAUGCAAUACUUAUUUAAUAGACACCCUGGUGCAAAGGUCAACUCUAUGAUGAUCAAAACACCCCAUGCGGUUGGUUGGUGCCACCCCUGUGAUGACGUAACACUGCCGAACAGGUGUGAAGGCCAGCGUUGAUGCUGUGCCACGCUGAGGUCGGGUGGAUGACUGUUGAGUAUUCAGUGUUGUGCUUUGUCACUAAACAACUCCCCUUUAUAAGAAAGGUGCCACAGCAAGGGGGAGGGCACUAGUCGGGGUGGUCCUUAUGGUGAUUUAUACUGUGCAUUGGUGCUUUUUUUUGUGGCCAAGAGGGCAGAGUUACAAGCUAGGAACGUGCACUGAUAAUUUGACUAUUUGGAUCACGGUUUUGUCUUCCGUGUCUAGCGCAAACAGGAGUGUGUUUACGUAGAAAAAUAUGCAUUGGACACUGCCAGCAAAACUUGGCUUAAGCUGAGAAAAGAAUUGGAGCCAAUGCAUAGUGCGCGCUGAAGUCACGCCUCUGGAUAGUGUCCCAUUACGCGGAUGAACUUGAGGGGAGGGCCAGCUCAACAUGCUCAGAGGAGGAGAAUGCGUUUAAAGUGGGAUAAGUGCUUAGGGUGGUAGACUCACUUGAUCAGAUGAUGUUUUGUUGAUCAAGAAAAGCUGUUUUCGUUAGAUCUGGAGAUUUCCUGUCGUUGAUUCCCGCCCAUAUACACUGCUUCUCUGUUGUGCUUGACUCUUUCCUUUGACCGCGCGAUUCAUCUGUAUUCAGGACUAUUAAACGCACGCAGGAACUGAUAUAUCACAUGGGAUUUUCAAUUUCCUUUUUCUCAUGUCUAGUUUUUUUGUCAUUAUUUUAUCUCUGACUCCAACAUACAUGUGGAAAUGAUUGACUGUUUUGGGGAAGGAAAGGCUUUUUUUUUGUCAUUUAAUUUGGAAUCUGUUUCUGUUGUAUCAUGUCCGAGUAAAGGUUUUAAUACUGUA